AUGCGUUAUAAAAAAUAUCGUCAAAUACUAGAUAGAAUAAAUUCUGAUCCAAAGUUAAAUCGUCAAGAUACAGAAGAUCAAUAUGUAAUUGAUGCAAUAAAAGAAAUUUUAAAGGCUGAACAUCCAGAUGUAUAUAAAGAGUGGGAAGGCAAAGAAUUUGAUGUCAAUCACUUGUUUCAUUAUCAAGAACCUGGAUAUGCAUCAUACACAUUUACGUUGCUGCAUGCUGCUGCUAGUUGUAACAUGAUGAAUGUAGUAAAGGCUCUAGUAAAAGCAGGUGCAGAUAUUAAUGCAACGGAGGAUGUCUUUAAAAGAGCUCCCUUAUAUUGGGCUACAGGAAGUAAUCACAUAGAUCUAAAUAUAAUAAGGUUUUUACUAGAAAAAGGUGCACAUAUUAAUGCUAUAGAUGAAUGUGGAGAAACUGCCUUACAUUUUGCUGUUAGAUUUGGUAAUGAAAGUAUAGUAAAUGUUCUACUGGAACAAGAAGGCGUCCAUGUUAAUAUUGCAGAUAUAGAUGGAAUGACUCCUUUACAUCAGGCAGUUUUUUAUAAUUAUACAAAUAUAGUAAAUGCUCUAUUAAAAAAGGAGGCGAAUCCUUCGUGGCAAGAUGAGAGUGGUAAAACUCCUUUACAUUUGGCUGUUGAAUAUGGUUAUAAAGAUGUAAUAAAAACUCUAUUAUUAGCAGGUACAAACACUUCAUUAGAGAAUAACGAAGGUGAUACUCCAAUAGAUUCAACUAUUAGUGAUGAGAUAAAGGAUUUUUUCAAAAAUGUAGAAGGUGAGCUGCAUAAUAUGAAAAAUAAGAAAAUUGGCGAUACUGAUGCUACACUCAAUGAAAAUGCCCAUAACAGUAGCCUUGCAGAGGUUGAUUUAAGCUCCGUUGUGAAAUCAACUCAAAGAUAA